UACUCGCGCUGCUCGUUGUCCGAGCUCGAGGAGUCCUGCGCCCGUGUGUUGACAGCCGCACUGCCGCGUGAACAACGUUCGCAGCGCACACGCACGCCCUUGCGCUCGCGAGCCCGUCGCCUGCGACCAGUGCCAAUCUACCGAAAGAGGGUGCGAACUCGCCUCGCCCUCGCUCGCACUUUCCCAGGCCGUCCGCCCGUCCGCCCGUCCGUCUGCCCUAAGACGAGUCGUCCCGGAGGCGAAAAGAGCAGCGAGAGAGAAUACCGGAAUCGGCGCGUCGGCCGCUCGGCAAAAGCUCGCCGGGCGCUCGAGGGAAGCUCGACACUGCCGCCGUCCUUGAGCUUGACCUUGUGGCCGCUCAACAGGAGAGCAAGGCAGAGGGGCAUGGCGGCGUUCUGGUUGCUGUUCUGCUGCGUGGCGGUGCUGUCGGUGGCGUUGGCGUUCACCUCCAAGCUGACCAGCCGCGUGGAGGCUUUCGUGGUGCGCAAGCUCAGGCGCGGAAAGUCGGCGGCGGUGAGCGCCGAGGCGAAGAAGAGCCUGAGAGGGCCCAAGCCCUUCCCCGUGAUCGGCAGCCUGCACAAGCUGGACAAUCCCGGCGGGCCGUUCAAGGCCUUCACCACCAUGGCCAAGCAGUACGGCGACAUCUACGAGAUCCAGCUGGGCGUGUGCAAGUGCGUGGUCGUCAGCAGCUACAGCCUCGCCAAGGAGGUGCUCAUCGCCAAGGGCAGCCACUUCGGCGGCCGGCCGGACUUCCUCAGGUUUCACCAGCUCUUCGGCGGCGAUCGCAACAACUCUCUGGCCUUGUGCGACUGGUCGGACUUGCAGCGCAAGCGCCGCUCGAUCGCCCGCAGCUUCUGCUCGCCCCGAGGUGGCAGCUCCCAGCUGUCGGAGCUGUCGAGAGUCGCGGUCGACGAGAUGCGGCGCUUCCACGAGCUGCUGAACGCCGACGCCGCGAUCCGCGAGGGCCAGUCGCCGGUGAAGCCGCUGAUACUCACCGCCAUCGGCAACAUGUUCACCCAGUACAUGUGCUCGACGCGCUUCGGCUACGAGGACGACCAGUUCAACAAGGUGGUGCGCACCUUCGACGAGAUCUUCUGGGACAUCAACCAGGGCUACGCCGUGGACUUCCUGCCCUGGCUGAAGAUCCUCUACACCGGCCACCUGAACCGCAUGAACGAGUGGGCCGACUACAUCCGCAGCUUCAUCCUGAAGGAGAUCAUCGAGCCACGCAGGGCCACGCUGGACCUGGAGACCGGAGUGCCCCGGGACUUCACCGACGCGCUGCUGUUCUACCUGGAGAGCGACCAGCCCGAGUUGUCCUGGCAGCACAUCCUGUUCGAGCUGGAGGACUUCCUCGGCGGCCACUCGGCCAUCGGCAAUCUGGUCAUGAUGGUGCUGUCCAACGUGGUCUCGCACCCGGGCGUCCAGAGGCGGAUCCAGCAGGAGUGCGACGACGUGCUGCGGGACAAGCUGCUGCCCAGGGGCGUCGAGCACAUCACCCUGGACGAGCGGCAAGACCUGCCCUACACGGAGGCGACCAUCUGGGAGACGCUCAGAGUGUCCAGCUCGCCGAUCGUGCCGCAUGUGUCCACCUGCGACACCGACAUCGCCGGCUAUUCCGUGGCCAAGGACACCGUGGUCUUCGUCAACAACUACGACCUGAACCUGGGCGAGUCGUACUGGGGCGCCGACGCCAAGCAGUUCCGGCCGGAGAGGUUCGUCAAGCAGGUGGCCGGCGUCUCGCGAGUGGUCAGACCCGAGCACUUCGUGCCGUUCUCCACCGGCAAGAGGACGUGCAUAGGCCAGAGGCUCGUGCAGGGCUUUGCCUUCGUCAUGGUCACGUCGCUGCUGUCCAAGUUCGACGUGUCGACGCCGCCGGGCGUCGACGUCGCGCAGUUCAUCAAGCCGAGCUGCGUGGCCGUGCCGCCGGACUGUUUUCACCUGACUUUUACGCCGCGAGACACCAGCCGGAAGUAAUGCCGCGCAAACGCGCGAUGCAGGCAGCCUUGGAAGACAAGCAAAACAUCUCUCUCUCUCUCUCUCUCUCUCUCUCUCUCUCUCUCUCUUCUUCCUCCUCGCGCUGCAAUUCAUCAAUCCCGCAGACGACAAGGUGUUGAAGGUAGAAUGAUGUACGCCACGCUGACGCGUUGUACUGUUGUCCCAAGUGACUAUAUUUAGAUUUCGCGACUCUCCGUCUUCUUCUUUUUCUUCUUCUUCUUAUUCGUUUUCUUCUUUACUUCUUCUUCUUCUUCUUCUUCUUCUUCUUCUUCUUCUUUCGACGACGAAUUCGUAAUAUCGAGCUUAGGGGGAGAAUCGACGCGACAUUGCUGCUCCUCUCUCUCUCUCUCUUAUUGGUCCGGAUGUCGCGCUGACUUCCUCGGUUAUUCUUUGAGAAAGAGAGAGAGAGAGAAAAGGAGAGAGCUUCGAAUAUUAAUUUGUAGUAUAGUUGUUAAAUGAAAAAUUCGGCAAGACUAUUAGAUGCGUAAGUAUACAUGAGUUUUAUUUAAAUAGAGAUGAAGAAGCGUUUCGCUUCGAAUAUGUGAGACCUUUAAUAUUAACUAUUUAAUUGUACUUUGUGUAUUUCGCGUUGACCUUCGAAACGGGUUUCGAUGAAGCUACACACACAUGUGUGUGUGUGUGUGCGUGCGUGCGCGUGUGUGUAUGUGUGUGUGUAUGUGUGUGUGCGUUUUCUCUUCUCCAAAUUUUAUCUCAAGGGGGAUAUAUGUAUUUCGACUGUUAAUUUCGCGUUUCUUCUCGCUCCUCGCCGCGUAUGGCUUUGCGACCGAAGACGAGAGUGAGUCCUUCUUUUUGCUGUAUCCUUACGAAAAAUGUAGACUUUAUACGCUCAUCGUAGAUGAUUUACCCGACAAGACUGAUUGUCAUUAUAAUGUAGAUGCGUUUUAAUUAUAUGUCGCUGGAAGUUUCUUCUCUUCGCCGCACGUAGAGAGAUAAUCUUCGAAUUCGAUUGUAAUGAGAAAAACCUCGGCGUGGUUUUCUUUUUCUCUCGUCGUCAUAAGCAGCUUUUUUGUUCUCGUCCGAGGAGCAGCAUAUCCUCGAGGCACACAUCGCAAAUCGUAUGAGAGAGUCAUGUGCCCAUCUAUUGAACAAUCGACACUUACUUUUAAGAAUAAAAAUCACACAUGUAUAAUGUCUAUAUAAGCUAAGCAUCGUCGUCAUUAUUAUCGCGUAAGCAUCGUCAAAUUUUUGCUCUGUAAAUACAACCAAAUUAUAAUUGUCACAUAUAGUUAGA